AUGUUGGUGGGCCCCAAUCUCUCAUUGCGAUUUGGUGCCGAGACUCGCAAAAGACUGACAAUUGCAGCUGUUGUGAAAGAUGAAGUUCUCUAUAUCGAUGGUGGCCUCGAGGUCUUCAUCCCGUACAACAACCAUGGAAAUCCCGAAGAAGGCCCCCCCCAUAAUACCUACAUGGUGAUGGUUGGUCUGAAUUCGUCCUGGAACUGGGAAACAAAUAUCUCCAUAACUGCGGUAAACAAAACAGUCAACUCGAACACUGGAACCCUCCCCCCAUCGAACGUCCGCGGCGCGAUGUACGCCGGUGCAAAUGAAGACCCCGACGUUUACUCGUACGGAGGGACAUCCUCCUACGUGAACCGAAGCUUUCCAGGUUUUCUGUUCCCCACGGCGCCGACGUACACCCUCUGGUCCUUCGAAGCAUCGAAGAAGGACUGGUCUCAAUAUGAUAUAUCGCUCGAUGUGCCAUUACGACCAGCCGGAGGCGCAUACGCAGAGGCAACAGGCCGUGGACUGGGAUUUUAUCUGAACGGAUUCAUUGAUAACGGAUCCUCUCCCGAUUACCAGUAUUACACCGACUUCCGAAGAUAUUUGGACGGUCUCGUCGUGCUCAACACUACGACGCAAGAAGCGAAGAACCUUUCCACCUCGUCUCUGACUAAUUACCCCCGCGCAAUGGGCGGGCUGGUAUAUCUACCAAACAUCGGCGCGGAGGGAGUCCUGGUAUCGAUGGGCGGGGUGACAAAACCAACAAGCAAUAGCGCCUUGUCGGAUAUGGGGACAUAUGUCCCCUUCGACAGUGUUGAUUUCCUCGACGUAGCGUCUAUCGACAACGGCAACUCGGACGGAACUUGGUACUCGCAGGCUACAAAUGGCGACAUCCCCGCGCCGCGAACAGACUUCUGCCUCGUUGCAGUAUCAGCACCCGACAACUCGAGCCACAGCAUCUAUCUAUACGGCGGGAAGGGCGAAGCAAAGGUUUAUGAUCAGACAUACGUUUUGUCAAUCCCGUCAUUCACGUGGAUCAAGAUAAUGGAAGGGGCCUCACCUCGCUACGCACACUCCUGCCACGUUGUCGGAAAAUCCCAGAUGUUAACCGUUGGCGGAGCCCGAUAUGAUAACAUCACCGAGGGCUGUGACUGGGAGUAUAAGAGUGUCGCGAUACUGAAUUUGAAUACCAUCCAAUGGGGCAACGUCUUUGACUACAAUGCCAACGAGUACACACUGCCCGCAAAGAUCUACAAUGUCAUCGGUGGAAGCGCAACAGGAAACGCAACACUAACGAAACCCCCCUCCGGCUUCAGCAACAAAGCAGUAGCAACAUACUUCGACCAAGCAAACGCCGUCUCAUCAACCUCAAAAUCCCACCUCACGGGCCCGAAAAUCACCGGCAUCGCAAUCGGCUCCGUAGCCGGCGCCAUCAUAAUCCUCGGCAGCGGCGCAUAUCACUACUUCUACAACCGGCGUAAACGCAAACAACUAGCGAAAGACAACGACCAAGAGCAAAACAUGCGCGAAGCCCCGGCCCAACAUAAUGGUAUCUACGAAGCGCCGCCGGACUCGGUGACGGCUCGGUUUUCUAGGGCGAUUUUUCGGAAUCUGGGGAAAAGGGCGGAAUUGGGGCCGCAGUCGCCGGUCCAUGAGAUGGAUGCGCAAUUGCAGGUUUAUGAACUUCCUGGUCGGAAUUCUGGGGUAGAGAGGGGGAAAGAGGAGGAUGAUAAGAAGGAUUAG